GCCGUCGUGACGUUCAGUUCACACCUGGAAAAAAGCUUCUAACUUUCGUUAGAAUCGGAUAACCCGUGAAACCCGCAUCCAUAUCAGCGCUUCCGACGAACCCAAUCACAUCCACACAUAUCAUUGAAGAAAUUCUUGCGACCGAUUUGUGAGUCCCCGGUUAAAUGAUAUCAAACUUUAUCAGUGCAGUGUAAUCGACCGUGUAAUUGAGCAGCUUCCUGUCUAUGUUUUGUGCAGUUUGACACCACGUGUGCUCCAUCCAUCCUUGCUAAUCAGCGUGUAAUCCGACGCAUCAACGACAUAAUCAGGCCUAAUUUAUCGCGCGUUAAAGCGAAGCUCCCGCUGUCAGUGAUUUAGCGGAGCGUGGCGGUACGGCCUUUGUGAGGGUUUAUUGUGAGUAAGUGGGAAGCUGAUUUCAUCAGUUAGUCCCGGGUAAGGAAGCGAAGAAGCCUUCCCUAAUUCAAUUGUGCGAAUAAGUGCUCGUCUUGUUUGGAUUAUUGCCAUUGAGGUGGAUGUUUGAGUGCGCUCUCCGGAUAGAAUCCGAAUACUUACUGUGUGAAGAAUCAACAACAGCAUGAAUUCAACGAAGCUCGUUAUGCUAUCGGCGGGGUUGAUCGUUGCCGCAAUGGUGCUAAAUUGGCCCCAGCCAGUGGCCGCCAAUGACAGUCAGAACCUCAACCGACUGCUCAACAACCAGGUCAUCGUCAGCCGGCAGAUCAUGUGCGUCCUGGAGAAGAGCCCGUGCGAUCAGCUGGGACGGCAGUUGAAAGCGGCCCUGCCCGAAGUGAUACAACGGAACUGUCGCAACUGUUCGCCGCAGCAGGCCCAGAACGCCCAGAAGCUUACCAACUUCCUGCAGACGCGCUACCCGGAAGUGUGGGCCAUGUUGAUACGUAAAUACGGUGCCGUCUAAAAGUGGCGAAGGGAAAUCGAAAGCUUGGCGCAAGCCGAAAACGUAACUUUCAGCAGAAUCAUCGCAGCAUCAGCGUCAACCGUAGCAGAGAUACACAGCCAGCCGUGCGAUCCUUGCUAGACACAAAGUUUAGAUUGGAUUUUUAUUGGGAUGCAAAGGGGUUAGAUUUGUUUCCUGGGCGGAUUCAAAGUUUGAUUACAGGACGGUUUGUUGGUUUUCCGGUGCGAAAGUGUAGAGGAUGGGGAGGAUCAUUUUGUGCAGCGACAUUUUAUUAAAGUAUGUAGGAUUGAAAAUGGAAGACAUUAAUUGUGAUACGUACCAUCAUAUUCCCAAAGAAAUACAAACUAGACAAAGUUAAGAGGCAUGACAUGAUUUCACAUUUCACGAAUAAUCCAUAUCAUGAUAAGUUAAUCUUAUUUGUGCCAUUGCAUAUCUAAUUUAAAAUCAAUGAAAUCAAAAAUAUCAUACAUUAGAUUUAAAACCAGAGAAAUCUGAUUCACAAUUGUUAGGCUAUUGAAGUAUUUAUUACAGAAUAGUAAUGUAUGUGGAUUUGUAAACUUUUAGUGUAAAGAAGUGCAAAUGAAAGUUUUGCUGCAAGGUGGAGAACGAAAUACAAUAAAAUUGGUACAGUGCGAAAAA